AUGUCGAAGAGUUCUGGAGGGGACAGAUGGCUAAAUGAGCUUGGUUACAAGCUGGGCCAAACGCUGGGGGAAGGCAGCUAUUCAAAAGUAAGGGUAGCCACCUCAGCCAAGUACAAAGGCCCUCUAGCCAUCAAAGUAGUAGAUCGACGCCGGGCACCCCCUGACUUUGUACACAAGUUUCUCCCACGAGAGCUGUCCAUCUUACGGGCAAUUCGUCAUCCCAACAUUGUACGUGUUUUUGAAUUCAUUGAAGUUUGCAAUGGGAAACUUUAUAUUGUGAUGGAAGCUGCUUCCACUGACUUAUUACAACUGGUGCAACAACUAGGGAAGCUACCCUGCAUCCCGGAAGCUCGAGACAUCUUUCUCCAAGUCGUGAGCGCGGUACGUUAUUUGCAUGACCGAAAUUUGGUGCAUCGGGACCUUAAAUGUGAAAAUGUACUACUCACCGCAGAUGGACGUCGGGCAAAGCUGACUGACUUUGGCUUUGGCAGGGAGUCACGUGGGUAUCCGGACCUGAGCACCACAUACUGCGGCUCUGCUGCUUACGCCUCCCCAGAAGUGCUGCUGGGCAUUCCCUAUGAUCCUAAGAAGUAUGAUGUGUGGAGUCUGGGAGUAGUACUGUAUGUGAUGGUUACUGGAUGCAUGCCCUUUGAUGAUAGCCACAUCCACAGUAUGCCCCGCCGUCAAAAGAAGGGGGUGUUCUAUCCCGAGGGUAUCCCUCCCUUACCUGAACCCUGCAAGUCCCUCAUUGCCCAAUUGCUUCAGUUUAGUCCAGCUUCCCGACCUGGAGUAGGGCAAGUGGCCAAAAACAGCUGGCUGAAAGGAGGAACCUUAAAUAAAGAAACCUCUUCUAAAUAG